UGGCGCAGUGGAACUUCCGGUUUGCUCUCUAGACUCUUUCUUUCUACAUUCAACUUGAGACGGGUGUUAUACACAAAACCCAACGCAAUGGCUGCCCAGAAAAAACAGAAAAAGGCAAUGGAGAGCAUCAACUCCAGACUUGCUCUCGUCAUGAAGUCUGGAAAAUAUGUGCUGGGAUACAAGCAGACACUCAAGUCACUUCGUCAGGGAAAGGCCAAGCUCGUCAUCAUCGGGAAUAACACGCCUCCACUUAGGAAAUCUGAGAUUGAGUACUACGCCAUGCUGGCUAAGACUGGUGUCCACCACUACACUGGAAAUAAUAUUGAGCUGGGUACAGCCUGUGGAAAGUACUUCCGUGUCUGCACACUCUCGAUCAC